AUGAAGUGUGAAAAUUGCACCAAAAAGGUGAGUCGGUCAUUUCCUUAUAUAAUUCUAAGGUUGCACAUGUGCAGAGAAGUAGGUGCCCUUGAACUGUGUGUGACUUAUUCCUGAGUAAACAUGCCUAGUGCUGGGCUUUGCAGUUGUAAUCCUGUGUACCCUUAACUUGGGGAAAGCCCCACAGAACCCAGUGGGGUUCCAAGUGUGCAGUCAAAGGAUUCCAGCAAGUUACACAGACUACUUGGAUGUAAGGCUUUUGUUUUGGAUUCCUCACCUUUUGCUUUAUCUAAAAAGCAAAACCUUAUUACUAGGCUGCAAUGAGGAGUACUGUCACAUCACCUGUCCCAACACUCAAAUAGAUUAAGAUUCCCUUCUAAAUUAAGGCAGUCCUUCUACAUACACAGAGAGUUGGGAAAGUCACAGUAUUUAUUUUUUUUAAGUAUCAGUACUAUUGAAAAUACAGAAACAGGUAUAUAUCGUUACAGUUUACAUAUUCUAGUAAGAAAUAGAGUCCAUUUUUCAAUUAAGUUGCUUGCCUCACAAUUUCAGUGAAAUACGUCAGUUGGUCUGUCCAUUUCAGAAUUUUAAGCAAUCACCCUCUUAUCUGCAGGAGAAAAGGUAUUUCCAGUGUCAGUCCCACACUAUCUUAGCAGCCAGCCGUUUAGUAUUAUAACAAGUUUUGAACGGUAUUUUAGGCUAUUUCGUUACUUCUUUUGUGGCCAUUUUGCUGAUUCUUUCCAAAUCACCUUCUUAGUUACUUUAUUAUCAGUUAGCUUUGACAGGGCUGAGUGCUCAGAUUCCUAGAUAUACACUUAUGUGCUGGCUUUGCAUUUUGUGCCUUUGCAUUUUGCCCCGGGGCCUCUCAAGAACCAAACUUGCUCACAAACAGUACCUCUGUGUAUGUAUGGCUUAACUUUGAAAAUAUGUACUGUGCACGCAGGAGCUCGAUAGGGCAGCCUACUUUGCACCACCUUCCCCAUCUUGUCAAGCUACCUAAGGAGGACAAAUUCCCCUUUUUGGAAAGCUAUGCCUUAAGUGUUUAGAGUGUUUUUAUCACCCAGGAAUAAUAACUUAUACUUUGCAGAGGGGGUAACUAUAUUGGUUUGUUGCAGCAAAACAAACAAAAAGGCACAUUAAAGAUUUGCAUUUAUUAUGGACUGGAGAAGAUUGUCAUAAUAAUAAUUUUGCAGGCUUAAAGUAUGCCAAGAGUCUUUUCUCUUUCAACACAGAAUUUGUUACUAUUAUUCUUCAGGACUGUCAACCAUGAAUGUCUUGAUUUCUCUGCUUCUCUGUUUUCACUCAUUUCCACUUUGACUUGCACCUAGACUUCUAACUAGACUGGUCUCUUUUUCCUCUGUCUUUUCUCCCUUCCCUUCCCCACCCCCACUUGACACCCUCUCUGUUAAGAUUAGGGGCACAGGCUUAUCUUUUUUUCUUUUCUUUUUUACUUAUGUAAAGCACCCUAAAUAAUCACAACAAUAAUCAGACAUGUCAACUUCUACUUGUCAUUUGGUCUAAGCAUACAGUGGAACCUCAGUUGUCGAAUGUAAUCCAUUCCAGAAGACUGUUCAACUUCUGAAAUGCUUGACAACCCAGGCGCAAAGGGAGAAUGUCAAUUUCAAUAGUGAAAAUUCAAAAACAUGCCGCGGAAGCCAUUCAACUUCCGAGGCACGUUCGAAAACGGAAGCAAUUACUUCUGGGUUUUUGGCGUUCGAAAAUCAAAACAUUUGGCUUCUGAGACACUUGAAAACCUAGGUUCUGCUGUACUGGGAAAAUGUAGCUCCCACAAAAUGAGGGUAGGCGUAGAAAUGUUCCAUCCAUCUUGUUCUGGGCAGCUGCUUUGAUCAGUGAUUUUGCUUGUUCGUUCCCAACUAAAGUCUAUGAUUUGUUUCAGGAAUGUAGUAAUAAACAGAGGAAUGAAGACCGGCAAAAUACACCAGCUGAUGUUCUCAACUCAAAUGAUGAAAAUGAAGAGGUAACACUUUUGGUUUAAUUUUUAGCAAUAUAAUCUAUAUGUACAUGUCUAUUCAGAAGUGAGCACCCUUGUGUUUAAUGGGCCUCACCCUCAGGUGUGUGAGGAUAGGAUCCAAUAUCAUGUUGUUCCCAAUCCUCUUAAACUUAGCCAUGAUGAGUUUUGUUGUCUUGGAGCCAUUGUGGGUCCCCCCUCUUUCCUUGCACACUGCUGGUUUCUGGAAAACAUUGUGGUUUUUUUGGUUAGAUUGUGUGUUUAAUAUUAGAGUGUGCUUUACACAGUUGAAAUGUUGCAACUGUUAACAUCCCACUGAUGAGAUGAUCCAUAAGGCAAAUGCACAUUCCAAAAUGUUUAGAGGAUUUACGAUUAAGGUUCCACAUUUUGAGUUCCCUGAAUAACACUUAUGCUAGUUCGGGUUAAUGGGAGUUGUAGUGCAAAACAUCUGGAUGGCACCAAGUUGGUAAAGGCUCACCUAAACCAUCUAAGAUGUCAUUUCCUCAGCUCCUUGCACUAAAUUAAUUUGGAGAGCAUCAUUGACAACAGUACUUGCCAUUUUAAAAAUAAUAAUAAUAAUUGAAACAUUUCUCUAUGUACAAAACAAUCUGUUACAUAAAGGAGGAGCUGCCAUUCUUACCAUCACAGGGUUGCAAGCUAUCCUUAAUGCCAGAGGUGCCUCACUUUUAUAUUCUUGAGGGCCAUCUGAACCCCAGGCAUUUGUCUAGGGGCUAGGAGUGUAUUUUGCUGAGCAACUUGCCCCCGUCCCUGUGUCCCAAAGUAGUCAGGCUCAGUAUCUGCCACUUAGCUGUAAGGGCUUCACAAGUGUAGAGAAAUCUGUACUUGGGCAUAUAAUUGUAUUACUGACAAAUACUAGAGCUAUAUAAAAAUGCUAAGUAUGACUGCCUUGUAUCUCUUGAAAAUAGUAUUAUUUUACUUAUGGGUAAUAUGCUUGAGGGACGCGGGUGGCGCUGUGGGUUAAACCACAGAGCCUAGGACUUGCUGAUUAGAAGGUCGGCGGUUCAAAUCCCCGCAAUGGGGUGAGCUUCCUUUGCUCGGUCCCUGCUCCUGCCAACCUAGCAGUUCAAAAGCCGUCAAGGUGCAAGUAGAUAAAUAGGUACCGCUCCGGCAGGAAGGUAAACGGUGUUUCCGUGCGCUGCUCUGGUUCACCAGAAGUGGCUUGCUGGCCACAUGACCCGGAAGCUGUACGCUGGCUCCCUCGGCCAAUAAAGCGAGAUGAGCACCGCAACCCCAGAGUCGGCCACGACUGGACCUAAUGGUCAGGGGUCCCUUUACCUUUACUUUAAUAUGCUUGAGUGCCAGUGUGAUGUGGAGAUUCAGACCCCCACUUAGCCACAAAGCUUACAGAGUUAUUUUGGACUGAUCACUGUUUCUAGGCCUAACCUACCUCACAGGGUGUUGUGAAGGUUAAAGAGAAGAAAGAAACACAAAUACUUGAAUUACAGGGCAGGGCCUUUUUGUCACGGCCCCAUAGCAACUAUUUUCAGAAAACUUAUGCGGAAGCCAUGACUGAUGGUGAGGACGGGAGUUUCAAGAAGAGGGGCUGCUUAUGGAUUUUAUUAUGGGCUGCUUUACCUUUUCUACCACAAUUCAAGCAGCACCCUCUAAGCUCCUACAUAUGUUGGCAAAGCCUUCCUUACCAUUUUGAGAAUAAUUAAGCUAGCUCUGUCUUUGACUUGCUGCUGUUUUUCCUUUUUAGAAAAGUGAAUUCCAUAAGUUGGCUAACGCUAAAAUAUUCCUUAGCGAUUGCUUAGCUUGUGACAACUGCAUAACAUCCGAUGAAGCAGUCCGAGUGUUCCAGCAGAAUCAGAAAGAGUUCUUCCAUGUACUGAACCUCAAUAAGGUAAAAGGAAUGGUGCUUGCAGGUACAUGUGUAUAAAGAAAACAUGCUAUCUUAACAUGGAAGAUUGAAACAAUUGCUUGUUCCCAUGAAUCCCCCCUUCCUGUUCCCAAGUUCUCUUGCUCCAUGUCUUCUGCCUUUAUUUCCAGACAUUUUAAUCCUCUGGGUUCUUUAUUCCCAACUUUAAAGCUCUUCUCACAUCUUCUCUACUUAACAGCCUCUCCUCUUACCUAUUUACGAAACAUCUCCUGCCUGUCUUCUCCUGUUUUAGUCCUUAAAAAAAAAAAAGUGUUGUUCCCAACCAGAUCACCAACUUCCUUUUUAAGCCUUAGAAAUAGUAUAAUCCCUUCCUUUCCCCAGGCACACGGUCUGGGUGGCAUUUUUCAUUCUCUCCGUUUUGCUACCACAGAUCCAGUUUGUUGCUCAGUCUCAUUGGCUUCCAAUUUUUAACCAUCCCAACACCCACCUUUUUAUCUGACUACUACAGUUCUUGUGAAUUCUCUAUUUCUCAUCUGGGUUAUUGGGACGUUAUUGGGAUUAUUGGUCUCAACCGUCUCUGAUCUAAAAUCUUUGGCUUCCAUCAUAAGUUCUGAUGCCUUUCUGGUUUUUAUUGUUCACUUCCUUCUCCUUUCUUCAGGUCUUGACACUGAUUCCCUCUCUCUUCUGGCAUUCAGUUGCAGAUAACUUCAUAUCCAGAUAUUUUCAUUAAUUGACCCGCCCAGUGCUUUUUUCAUAGAAAAAGUGGUGCCGGAACUCACCAUGAACACCUUCCUCAUUCUCUUAGAAGGGCAAUAUCGCCCAUCUGAGAGGUGCCGGAACUGAGUUCCUGUGUGUUAUAGCUGAAAAAAAAUGUCCUGGCUCUGCCUUACUUAUCCUCUUUCUUUCUCUGCACCUUAUUAUCCUCUUCAUUCUUCUGGCAAUCUUAUUCUGAAACCGAGUAGACAGUAUUCUGUGCCCUUCUUGUGUUAGUGCAAGGACUUUGGGCUGCAUAGUGGAACUUGUCCCCCUCUCCUUACCCUGUCCCCCCCUCGCCCCCUGCUACAUCCCCUACAUCUGUUCUAGAUGUUCCCUCAACCCUUUGAAGUAGAUUUGGUGAGGGUGCAUGCAGGAAGAGGAGGGGAAAGUAGAAAUUGAUUACAGAACAAGUGUAUUAGAUAUUGCCCGAUAUUCACCACCACCACCACCUCCACUCCUUGCAUUUUUGCUUUGACUGCUCUUUAACUUUGGUACUUGUUCCUUUCUGACAUCCAGACAGCUCUCCCUUGGUUAUCGUUUUUAAAAGGCCUCUUCUCCUUCUCCAUCUUCUCUGCUUGAUCUUCUUUUUCUCCUUUUCUCUCCAUGAUCUCCUAUUGUUUCUUAUCCUUAAAUGAAAGUCUGUGGCAGGGAUUGCUUCAUAGCUUAGGCUUUGUAGGUGUACACUUCAGAUACUCUAAGUGUAUACCUAAAAAUAACAAAUGUGUGUACUUGAAAAUAUAUGAACUAUGCAAACACAACCAACACAUUUUGCAGGCGCAGGUGUCAAACAGGUGCAGUAUUGACUGCGCCUUUCAAUUAAAUGUACCCAAAAAUGCUAUCAUUUUUAAAAUGAUAAUAAUAAUGAAGAAUUGAAUGCCCUAUAUAUUUUGAGCAGACUGCAAACUUCAAGAGAUUUUCUUAUUCAGUUAAGACAUGUGACAGAUUAGUUCCUUCCACUUAUUAAAAGCUCUGUUCUAUGUAAGAGGGCAGCAAUUUUUUAAUAGAUUCCUGAGACAGCACUUGUGACUUCUGUUCUCUGGCUGGUAUUCUUUUCUGCUGCAGCAAUAGUCCUCUUUAUUUUAGCGUGAUUUCAUUACCUAACGGGUUGUCUAGCUGUUUGCCUUUAGCUCUCUUAAGGUCAGAAGACAGAGGGUGCUUCCAGACAGGUGUUUAUUAUGGGAUUAGUGCUGCUCAUGCGUGCAAGGUUUUUGCAGCAUCUGCAUGAUGAUGUUGGCAUCAAAAUGCUAGCCAAGAUUCUUCACUCUGGAGAGUGACAUAUCUAGAGAGAAAGAGGGCAUCAUCCGUUCCAUCACCAGGCCACUGCACUGUGUCUCCUCAGCUGUGUGAACUUGACUCCUGUGUGCCCAUUUCAGGUUUUAAGGCAAAGGGAGAGAGUCAGUUCUGAAGGGGUCCUUCAGCAAAGUAGCAUCUUCUAGGCCCCCUUCUACUUUGGUGGGCCUCUGGCUGCAGGCUUAACUGGUGGUGGUGGUAGGAGCAGUAGCAACAGCAGAUCUUCCAAGUGUCCCUUUUCCCCAGGGAUGUCUCUGAUUUAGAAAAGCCACCGCUGUUUCUGAUUUGAUCCCGGAAUGUCCCGCUUUUCCUUAGGAUUUCCCUAUUUUCGUUGGAUAAAUGUUGGAGGGUAUGGAGUUAUCCAACCCCCGAGCUGUCUGAAGGGAAUCCUGUAUAGCAGUGGUUUUCAACCAGUAUGCAGUGGCACCCUGGGGUGCAUUGAAUGAUGGUCGAGGUGCCACUAGCCUCUGUCCCUCUUUCUUUCCCUCCUUCCUCUAAUGCCCUCUCAUGUCUCUGCCUCCAUAAAGCUUGUGCAGCUGUUUGUUGUAGCAGCCCUGCUGCCACCCAAGGUAAGGUGAUGGCCUCACAUUCACCUUUGGUAAGGCUGGGGGCAUCCUUUGCCCAGAUCCCUGUGGGGCAGCGUGAGGAGGUACCUGUUGUUGAGGUGGGGUGGGGAGCUCAGAGAUCAGGGGCGGCAGCAGCAGCUGCCCAGAGGACUCCCAAGGAGAAGGGAGAGGAGAGAGGAGAAGAGGCUGAAGGAAUACUCCACAAGGGAGGGUGUUCAAAAAAGUGUGAGAGGCUGCCAGCUCUGCAGGCAAGGGGUGACAUAACUGGGCUCCUGAGCCCCACAGGGGUGCCAUAGAAAGAAAGCAGUUGGUCAAGGGAGCCGUGGAUUCAAAAAGGUUGAAAACCUCUGCGUAUAGGGAAGUUUUUAAAAAAAGUUUAAUGUUUUAUAAUGUUUUUAUAUAUGUUGGAAGCUGCCCAGAGUGGCUGGGGAAACCUGAUAAAAUGUACAGGAUAUAAAUAGUAAAAUUAUUGUUAUGGAAUGGGACGUUCCUAUUUUCAUCGGAGAAAUGUUGGAGGGUAUGCAACGGUGAGGCUUACCUGGUGGUAGCUGGCCAUUUGAACUUACCUACAGUGCCUCCAAUAUAGCAGUGCUCCAGAGGCACCAUGGGAAAUCAAAAUAUCAGCCCACGGUGGGGAUCCGCCAUUUGAAUCUCACACAGUGUCCCAAACAACAUUCUGUUAGGGGCAUUAUGGGAAAUGAAAAUGGCCACUCACUGCUACCACCAGCAGUUUGGGAGAGAGAUAGAAAGGAGACCAGUUGCUACUGUAAUAUUUGCACUGUUUCCCUGUGUGAAGAAACAAUUUGCUAUAUUGUAGUAAUUGCCAGUUAAGGUGUUCUUCCUCUUUUCUCCCCUUUCCUUAAUAUUGGAGGUGGGUGAAAGCAGUGCUUCUUCAGCACAGUACUCUAUUUCCCACAAAGCAGGGUGGGGGCGGGAGAGGGAGACGUGAGAUGGAAAAUUGCCCACUUCCUUGAAAGCUUUUUUUUUUUUUUAAAAGCUGGAUUAACCUGUGUCAGAGAGCAACUAAUACAAUGCAAGGAAGUCAUCUGAUGCAAAAAGCUAUAUCCUGAACUGUUAGUGUAAUGCACCUGUAUGUUUUGUUGUGUGUUGUUUUCCAGAAAUGUGAUACCUCAAAACACAAAGUGUUGGCAGUGUCUAUAUGUCCUCAGUCCUUGCCUUAUUUUGCUGCAAAAUUCAGUCUCACUGUUACCGAAGCAGCCCAGAGGCUAUGUGGUUUCCUCAAAAGUCUUGGUAGGUUUGUUAUGGUGAGAAAAAAACAACAACAAAAAAGCCAAACACAGCAUUUUUCAUUUAUUUUUGCAUUUUGCUUCCUUGGCAAACUUUUACAGCAUGUGUCAGCAUGUGAAACAAUUGAGCAAGGGAUUCAUGGAAGGGUGUGUGCCCUCAGUGAUAUUGUGAUAUAACAGGGUACUUAGGAGAGUGAGAAAGGGUGAGAACAGAACAUAGCAAGUUUUUUGUGGGUAUCGCUUAUAAAUGGGGAAUGUAAAAGUCUGCUAUGCUGCAACUGAGCGAGGGAUGUGGAAGGAAGCUAUCUCUAGUGUGGAAUUUAGAAUCCUCACGAGAUUCCUGUGCAGAUCAUCAACUAGUGCAGGGAUGUACAUUCAAGAACACAGGAAGCUGCCUUAUAUUGGGACAGACUAUUGGUCCAUCUAGUUCAGUAUUUGGCUGCAGUUCUAUAAGGGGUUCCAGACAGGAGACAUUUCCAGCCAUGCCUGGCGAUGCCAAAGAUUGAACCUGGGACCUUCUGUGUACAAAGCAAAUCAUCUACCAUUAAGCUAUGGCUCUUCUCCUAGAGGGAGAAAGAUCGGGGUGGUAUCUGCUGCCUCCACCCAACCACCUCAUCAAACCUCCCUCAGUUCAAGGAGACAUCUGCAAGGGGGCCUUGUAUGCAUUUCUGUGAGAUGCAGUCCUCCUCUGCUGCUGUGUUAUAGUUCUCCAGCACUGGUGCUUCAAACACCAGAAGGACAGGGAUUCCAGAGGUCAGGAAUGAGCUUCUGCCUCUCAUGCACCUUUGUGUUCUUGUGCAUGAUUCCCAUGUCCCUUCAGCACCUAAGGACCAGAUCUCAGUUGUAGAGCAAGUGCUCUGUGUGCAGAAGGUCCCAAGUUCAGUGCCUUGCAUCUCUGGUUGAAUAGGUUCUCAGACCACAAAUUAUGGGAAAGAGCUAUACAGUGGUACCUCUGGUUGAGAACGGGAUCCAUUCUGGAGGCCCGUUCGCAACAUGAAAAGAGCGCAACCUGAAGCGCUGUAUCUGCGCAGGUGCGCGGCGCAAUUUGGCGCUUGUGUGCAUGCACAAAGCAUGAUUUAGCGCUUUUGCGCAUGCAUGAGUGGCGAAACCUGGAAGUAACCCUUUCCGGUACUUCCAGGUUGCCGCGGAACGUAACCUGAAAGAACAUGAAGCAAACGUAACAUGAGGUAUGACUGUAACUCUUUAUUUUUAAAUAUGAUAAAAAGGCUGGAGAACAUAUAGAAUUUAUGCAAGGCAACAACAUAUCUAUUUCAAAAUUACAGUGGUGCCUCGCAAGACGAAAUUAAUCCAUUCCGCGAGUCUCUUCGUCUUGCGGUUUUUUCCUCUUGUGAAGCACGGCUAUUAGCGGCUAUUAACGGCUUAGCGGCUUUAAGAAAAAGGAAACAAACUCGCAAGAACUCGCAAGACGUUUCGUCUUGCGAAGCAAGCCCAUAGGGAAAUUCGUCUUGCGGAACGACUCAAAAAACGGAAAACUCUUUCGUCUAGCGAGUUUUUCGUCUUGCGAGGCAUUCGUCUUGCAGGGCACCACUGUAAUUGGUUUUUUAAAUAGUAACAUGUUCUGAAAAUUAAUCUGGUGAUGCUUUAUUGUUUGCCUUUCUUACCCAUUUUCCUCUAGGAGUGCAUUAUGUCUUUGACACUACAAUAGCUGCUGAUUUUAGUAUUCUGGAGAGCCAGAAGGAGUUUGUGCAACGGUACCGCCAUCAGAACCAAGAAGAGCAUGCCAUACCCAUGUUUGCUUCAGCUUGCCCAGGUGAGAAGGGCAGUCUUAGGCACAUUGUUAAGUGUUACAGAGCAGUGAAUCCACCAUCUGUCCCUAACCCUGUCAGGCUGAACUGGCCAGAGCAGAAGAUGGGCUUGUUUGUUGGACAGGGUGGGAGUUCUUCCUUCUUUUUCACUAUGCAGCUGCUCCACCUCCAGAAUAACUCAUUUGAGGCCUUUUUGCUUGCUGCUGCUGACCUGAAAAACACCACCACUAUUACUAUUAUUGACAUUUGUGUCCCAGCCUAGUUCACGUUCCCAUUUCAUCUUCACAACAAACUUGCGAGGAAGGUUAGGCUGAGUGUAAGUGACUGGCCUAAGGUCACCCAGUGAGUUUCAUGGCUGAGUGGGGAUUUGAACCCUGCUCUCCCAGAUCCUAGUCUGAUACUCUAACCUGUCCGCCAGCCAUUGGUAGCAUUCUGCCAGCCAGAAUGUUCCUGGGGUCUCCACUAUGGUAGAGCCCACUGGCUAAAUCUCCAUGUUAACUUGUGCCAACCUCCAGUCAUCAACAUGGGGCUAGAGGAUAGGGCUGAGCUCUUUUCAAGGGGUUACAGUUCAGAUGGAUGUUGUUUGGCUCCUUUAGGCAUGCUGAAGACACUGAGGUCUUGAAGCUUCGUUUCUGCUUUUUUGAAUCUACUGCCUUCUGUGUUCUGGGUCCCUGGAUUAGACUGUGGCCAGGAAAAUCCCCUGUCUUUCCAUUACGAAGCAUGGGGCCAGUUUCAGUUCUGCAGCCAGGUGGUGUGCAGCCCAAACUCAUGACCGAUAGAAAGUCUUGUGCUGCUGCUCCUCUUUGCUUACGGUGCAAUAUAUAUCUCACCAUCACCCCCACCCAAAAGCAUAUCUAUUACUUGCAUGUGUUGGUUUUACUGCAAGACAAUCAGGGAGCAUGACUAUGUGUUCUGGUUUCCUGUCAUCUUCCUAUGGCCUUCUUUUUUAAAAAUUAAAAAUUAAAAUCUAAAUUAGAAAGAGUAGCACGAUCUUGUCAACCCCCGAUCAACACAUAUAUAGCAUAUCCGCAAUGUUGACACUGGCUCCUUGAUUGCCAUGGCAGCUCAACAAACAAAUGUGCCAUUAUACAACACUGUAAUAAAGACAUCAUUUUGUAAACACGCCAGAAAUCUCAUUCAUCUGGAAGGAGGUUUGCAUGUUAAAAUGUUCCUUAAUUCCGUCCGGGUCUCACUCUCCAGAUGCAGAUGAAAUGUACUAAUUUUCAGCAACAUAUAUUUGCCUGUCAUGCCACAGGAAGCGCCACACAGAAGGAAAUACAUUGAAUCUAGAGUAAGUGGAUCUACUCCACUCUAGGUAUAUUUUGAAAUAAGGGGGAGCAGAUAAAGGAAUGAAAGGCAAAGGCUGUAAAUUACAUCCUAAUUUGCAGAUCUGUCUGUGCAUAUAUUUUUUCUUUUAUGGUUCUGCAUUAAGUUGCAGCUGGUGAGUGAAAGACCACUUGCCUACUUUGGGGCAGAUAAAAGGCAGUGUUUCAAGCACUGCUGAGAAAUCCUGGUCAUUUGAACGGGACCUAUGCAGAAACAGCAAGUGAGUGAUUGCCUGGAACAAUCAAAGCUUUAUCAUCCACAUCACAAAAAGAAGUGGGUGAGUCCUAAAAAUCUGAGUGUCUUUGGGGGAAGAUUACACCCCUGCAUGCAUAGUACUGCUUUUAUUAUUGUUAAGAAUCUCUCUGACUUAGUUAAUAUUUACUUGUUACACAAAAACUGAGGUCACAUCCACACCAUGCAGAGUGCUUCUAUGCCAUUCCAGCCGUCAUGACUUCCCCCAAAGAAUCCUGGGAACUGUACAGUGGUACCUCGGGUUAAGUACUUAAUUCGUUCCGGAGGUCCGUUCUUAACCGGGAACUGUUCUUAACCUGAAGACCACUUUAGCUAAUGGGGCCUCCUGCUGCGGCUGUGUCGCCAGAGCACGAUUUCUGUUCUCAUCCUGAAGCAAAGUUCUUAACCCGAGGUACUAUUUCUGGGUUAGUGGAGUCUGUAACCUGAAGCGUAUGUAACCCGAGGUACCACUGUAGUUAGUUGAGGAUGCUGAUAGUUGUUCAGAGACCUCUACAGAGCUGUAUUUCCCAGCACCCUUAAGAAACUGCAGUUCCCAGGAAUCUUUGGGCAAAGCCAUGACUGUUAAAGAGGUAUAACAGUGCUUUGAAUGAAUGGAUUGUGGUCUUAGAUUGUGACUUCCAUGCUGAAUCUCCCCUCUCCUCUUUCACUCCCAGUUUGUCUGUGUGUGACUGUGCCUAGAGCAGCAGUGUGGGACUAUGGGCAAAAGCAGGAGGGCUCUGGUUCUAGCAAGUCCUCUGCACUCCAGCUUCCCUGCAACUGGAUUUUUCAAGUUCAGCUCUUUAGUCAAUGACUGUGCAUAAAGGGCCUAGGCUAGGCGUUUGUGUGGGGAGCAGAUAAAAGUCUCCUGGGGCCCCUUGGCUCAUGCUCCAAGUCUAUUUGCAUAUCUAAACAAUGACUAAGGCAGACUGCGAGGCUGGAGUUAAUUGACUGAACUCUGUCUGUUUUUCUUCCUGAAAAAUAGAUACGUGGAGGUCAACCAACCUAUGAAAUGACUCACGCUAUAAACAGGAAAGCUUAGCUUUGGCUCAUUAAACUCCACCAAGGUUUGUUAGAUUAUAACACACAUUAUAAUAAGGCACAGAGGGUUUUUUAAAGAAAAAAGAAAGAACCCAGCUUCAUUGGCACAGUACCAAGAUGAGUCGUGCUGCAAAUGGCAGGACCUGAUAGUGCAUUGAUGGAGACCUGUGGUCUAAAAUGACACCAGCCAGAAAACAAUUGUCUGAAUUCAUCUCACCCUUGUUCAGGGGUUUCUGUGCAUCUUAACAUACAGCUAUAUAUCCGGACAUGUCAGAGGUCAAGGAAUUCAUUUGCCUGUAGAUAUGGGAGGCUGCAGCCAAAAAGGACUAGGAUGAGGGAUAAGGAAAGCAGAGUGUGGUGCUCAGAUAAGCUGCUGCUGACUGUUAAUCGUAGCUUUCACAGCAGCCAUCUCUGACCUGGUCUCCUCCUGAUGUUCUGGAUUUCAGCUCCCAUCAGAUCCAGCCAGUGCUGUCACAUGAGGGGGAUGGCUCCAUUGGUGGAUAGAUUCUCCCUUCCACAAAAUGUUAAUUUUGUGAACAGGCUCCAACUGCCAUGUUAGCCUUGCCAUGAGUUCCCCAGAAGUUAAGCCAUUCUGGAGCUGGGUGGGAGGUGGCUGCACCAUAGAAACACAGCUGAAACCUCUCAGCGCUUGAGUGCCACUUUUUAAAGGUACAAAAUUGUUUGUUUUUUAAAGUAGACCCUGGGCAGUUAUCAUGGUGGGUCCUUCUAGGGCACUGGAGCCCCAUCAUCUGCCUGACCCUACUUUGCUGUGUUCUGGGAAUAGGAGAUGCCACCAUUAAUGAGACAACCAAACCUGCACUCUCUGUUGCAUCGUGGUGUCCUGUGGCAAUGGCAGCACCAGACUGCAGAGAGACAAGAUAGGAAAAUGUUAGCCUGGCUCUUGUGCAGUAGGGACAAAUGCUUUCCACCCACUAUUCAGAUGGAGAGCAAUGCAGUUGACAGAUCUGAUUGGCUAUGUCACGCUGUUGCAUCAUGUUCACUAUGUGGUCCCUGAUUAUGUGGGAUCUUGCAGUGAAGGAAGAAGAGGCCCUAAGAAUUGGUAUCAAAGGAGCAGUGGAUCAAAUCUAUAAACAGGCAUGGGGGAAAAUGUGAAAGAUCACAUUUCUGGAGGACUUGCCACUCCUCUUGUAAACAAACAUUUCACUCCAAAGUGUUUGCAGAUAAAAUUCAGCACAGCCCUAAUCCUGUCACUCUGCGGCCACUGAGGACAAAAGGCCAUUAGGGGCCAGGAAAGACCAUGUAGUUUACACAUCCUCCAGAAGCAGGUGGAGUACAGGGGCAAAGGCUGGGGCACUUAAGAGGAGGAACCAGAGGACUGCUGCCGCCGCCCCCCAGUAUCUGCUGCCUGAUGCUUUUGGCUCACUUUUUCCAUUGGUAGAGCAAAACAUAGCACUUUUGCUUGGGAUGUACUCCAAGAAUAGCUGGUACAGUCCACACCUCAUCCCAAUAAUUUACAGUGGUACCUCUGGUUACGGACGCUUCUGGUUACGAACGCUUCAGGUUACGAGCUCCGCUCACCCAGAAGUAGCUGCUCCUGGUUGCGAACUUUGACCCAGGAGGAGAAUAGAAAUCGCGCACCGGAGGCCCCGUUAGCAAAAGUGCGCCUCAGGAUAAGAACAGUUUCAGCUUAAGAACGGACCUCCGGAAUGAAUUAAGUUCAUAACCAGAGGUACCACUGUACCUCAAUAAGCAUCCACAAUUGAUUUGGGGGUAGGGUGCAUACCUCAUUUCCCCCCACAAUAGUCCUCACAAAAUAUGAGCAGACAAAGGCUCAGAUCCAGAGACACCUUGCUUAUGUAGGAAAGCACUUCGGCGCUUGCACACUUUUUUUGCCCCCAAGGUUCAAAUUGGGCAAACCGGAUGCACUUAAGACUGUACUUCAAACGUUGACAUUUGUACAUGUUUUUAUAUACUGAGGUUCUAUCGUGGGGUGGGUGGGGAGCGAGAUUUGAAGUCCUUCUUAAAAGUGAACAAGGCUAUGUAAGGACAUUGGAGAUAAAAAGUUAUGGAAAGCAAAAAAGAUUACAUUCCACGAACCUCAUUAUCAGGUCAGCAUAAUAAAGUGAGUCAAGUGAGGAAUGUUCUUAAGCACUGGCUGAAUGUUUAGUCAAUAAGGGAGCUCAUGUUAUCAUUCCUCCAUUUUUCAUUAUUUAUCCUGCUUUGACUGAUGAAGUUUCUGCUAUAAUUCUCAACCUUUCCUUCUUUUGGUUCUGCUCCCUUAAUUCUAGGCUGGAUCCAGUAUGCCGAGAGAGUCCUCUCCAGUCUCGUGACGCCACACAUUUGUACUGCAAAGUCACCGCAGCAGAUCAUGGGCUCCCUUGUCAAAGGUUAUUUUGCCAGGCAGCAGGUAACUUAACUAUUCCUGGUAUUCUUUGGACUGAUAGGUGUGGCAUUGCAUGUGUUGUGUGAUGGGUGUCACAGCUUCAGCAGCCGGCUCCUCCAGAGUGCUUGGCCUCCUCCAAACUCUGCAACGUACUCCAGGCCCCCUCAGUCUUGGGGGCCUCCAGGCUCCUCUGGUUGUGGCACCCACACUAUGUUUUCUGUUGUUGAGCAGGUGAGAACCUUAUAGGAGAAGGUGUUCCCUCAAGCAUCCCAGACCAUGGGCGGCCUUCAAGGUCAAAACCAACACCUUGGAUUUAGCCUGCAAACUGACUGGAAAAGCAAAUGGACUGACAUAAAACUGGGUUAUAAGUGUCUUAUGAGCAACCUUAAGCAAAAGCUGUGCCACCACAUUCCAGAUCAGCUGACUUUUCUAGAGGUGCUUUGAUAUAGUUUUGCCAGUUUCACUUCCACUAGCAAAAGCAGGCUUUUUUAUUUUAAAAAAUCCAAUUUGAGGAAGUUGUGCUCUGAAGUGUUAAUCUGAAAUGCAUGGGAUAUUUGCUUGAUUCCGUUUUUUUCUAAAAGGCAACGUUGCACUUCAAAGAAAAAGAUAGAAUAACCUUUGGUUAACCUACAAAAUAAGGAAAAGGAGAGUGUGUUAAUAAUCCUCAUCAGUUACAUCAUUGAGGCCACAGAUACAAAAACCAAAUAUCUAUACGAAGAUGGCCCAAAUUCUGUACUAAGAAGUCAACAAUCAACUUGUGACAUACCACUGUACAUUCACACAGCCCAGCUAUAGGUGCCUGUGAAUACCUCCUUAACCAGUUGAAACAUGGUUAUGGCGAGAGUCUCAGAUAAGUUAGCGAGGAGGUAGAAUUGCAUUUUCCCACUGAUAAAUUGUUUUAUUAAUGGGAGCAUGUGAUUUCUCCAUUACAGAUAUGCUGGUUGAGAGGAAAGACAGUUGUGGUACUCCUAUAGCAGCUGAGUAACAGCUGUAUGAGGAAACAGGACUCUGGGAAGGCACACAAAGUUCCAAUCUAAUAUGUCCAAACUGUGUGAAUAGCAUCCUGGAAAGGUAUUUUUAAUCCAAUGUGUCCCUAAAUGCUUUUCCCUUUUCUUUCAAUAUGUUUGUUUUCUUCAUCCAUCAGAAUCUGUCCCCUGAUAAAAUUUUCCACAUAAUUGUGGCACCUUGCUAUGACAAGAAGCUAGAAGCCUUGCGAGAAGAUUUCCACACCCCUCUGUACAAUUCUCAAGAUGUUGAUUGUGUUUUGACGUCAGGUAGGCAUCUUCCAUCCAACAUGCUCCUGUUGCUAUUUUAUUCAAUUUUUCCCCUCUCUUUUUUUUACAGAGGCAAUGAAAUUAAAACCAAACAUAGCAACAGGGCCACCUCCACAGCUGGGGCAGGGUGUUUUGGGAAGGAGCUGAGAGGGACCAGGGGAAGUAUGGGGAGGAAUGCCCCUGUUGUGGAAAAAAUGUGGUAGGUCUUUGUAGAAAACGAGAUGCUGGACUAAAUGGGCUUUUGGUCAGAGCCAGUUGAAUUCUUCUUAUGUCCUUAGCUAAUAUAUCAGAGCAGAUCUAGAAUGUCUGGAGUGUCACAUUUACUGCCUCUAGAAAACUCAUUCUCCCCCACACUCCUGGUUGCAUCUCUGUGGGCUUAAGCAUCAACUUAAUUUCCCCUCUACAGGUGAAGUCUUCCAGAUAAUGGAGCAGAGCAAAGUAUCUUUGAGAGAAAUAGCUGAGGUGGCCUUUGAUACCCUGUAAGUAGCAUUUGUGAGAUGCUUUUGUUUUGCUGAAAACAUCUUUACAUUAGGUUAAAUAUAUAUGCAUAUAUAAAAUCAUGACCACUUAUCACAUUUUUUGACAGGCUAUAAUUUUGUGAUCUUGGAAGAAGGACAUAUGGCAAAGUGGUUUUCUUCAGCCUGUUAUUGUAAAAAGGCUGUGUAUCAGCAGAGCCAGCUCCAGGGUUUUUUGUGGGCCUGGUCAUGUUGACUUGGGUGACUCUGUCUCCCACUGCCAACCACCCCUGUCAUUUGGGCUCCCCACCUACAGUGCUGCAGCAAUUCUAUUCCCUCUCUGUGGUUUAGUAAUAUACUUAAAUGGUUUUAGUUCUUGGCUGGUAUAGCACAGAUAUACACCCAUUAAGCUCUGUUGCGGGAUCUCCAUUUCUUCAAGGUGAGCCUGCUCCUCACCUUCUUGCUUUCCUCCCUUAUUUUAUGAGGUUUGAUGGGGUAAAGGAGGCCGAGUUAAUCCGUCAUGAUGGAAGGAAGUCUGAUGGUUACCUGGAGCACAUAUUUAAAUAUGCUGCCAAGGAGCUCUUCGAUACUGAAGUGAAGGAUGUCGUAUACAAAGUGUUAAAGUAAGUUGCACAUCUGAAUUAAGUUUAUCAGAAAAGACGAUUCAGAAAAUGGGUACAUUUGGCCUCUGCACAUGUUGCAUUGCAGCUUUUUACCACUUUGACACAUGGCAGAAAAUGAUGGCCUGUCCUACUACAUGGACCACCAUGGGUGUAUCACAUGUCAGGUGAAGACCUAUUUAACCCAGGCAUUUUAAAUGCUGAUGAUAUAUAGAUAUACAUGCACACAUAGUAUUUAACAUUUAUAUAUACUGUUGAACCAUCAAUGGUGUCAGCCAUCAGUGGGCAACCCUGUUAUCAAGGUCCAAUCGUGGCUAUGUUCCAGGCUAGAAAAAGGGGGCCUUUCCCCCAGAUAAAAAGUAUUCCUGACCAUCAGGGUCAGACGCAGCUAUGCGAAGUCUACCAUUUUCAUCCACGUACCUACGGCGACCCGCCUCUCUGUGUGGAAGAGCCAGCCAAAAAUUUCCAGUCGUCCCACAAACUAAUGCUGCAGACAGUAGCUUUGAGCAUCUUCUCUGUGUGUCUUUUCAGAAACAAAGACUUCCAGGAGGUCACAUUGGAAAAGGAUGGUGAGACGGUGCUACGCUUUGCAGCUGCGUAUGGCUUUCGAAACAUUCAGAAUAUGGUCCUGAAGCUGAAAAAGGGAAAGUGCUCCUACCACUUCAUAGAAGUUUUGGCCUGUCCUGGAGGUAACAACAAAUCUUAGGAGAUUAACACCCCCCCCCAUCCUGGCAGGUGUACAAUAGACAGGUUAAGGUUCUAGCUUCUGUCCUUUGUUGGUUUUGGAUGGAUUGCAGGUUUUUCAAAGACCCUGCUCAAAGUCAAAACGCUGCGUUAUAUCUUCAGCUGGGACCUGUAACAAAGCGUUGCAGUGUGGAGUGUUCCUGUCCAGUCAGCCAGCUGAACCCUUUCUCAAGAUACUCCAAUGUCCCCCUCUCCAAUUCUUAAUAUUCUAUAGUCACUGAGCAUGCUCAGUCCUGGAUGGACUCUUUGCAGAUUUCUUUUGUUUUUUCCCCCCUAGGGUUUCCUCCCCCCUAAAUAUUUUUGGGCAAACUUUGGACUCCCCACCCCCUCUCAUUUCUCAGUAGCCCUGGUUUGGCUACAGAGCAGUCUUAACUGAGCACCAGAUUUUGCUAUUCACGUAUAUUAUGAUUCCUUUGCUACAUGUUUUGUAGUUGUUCAUUUUUUAAAAAUACCUAGAAUUCUAUUUUACUCAGCGUUUGGGCUGCUGUGUGCAGUGCCACUAAGUGGACACAGCGUUGUGUGGUGGCCUCAUUUACGGCAAAGCAAUAAAAGAACAGCGUUUGAUAUACUCCAGUACUAAAUUUCCACUGGGUUUUGGUGUUGGAAAAUGUAGAAAGGUGGUUGAUCAGUGUUCCCCAUUUGUAAUGGGAGAUGACAUGCUGCAGCUGGUUUGGCAUGAUUUUAAUACUGGACUUCUUACAUUGUGUUUUGUAGGAUUUUAUCAUUAUAACAAUAAGUUUAAGUGUGUGAACAGUCCUGAGGGUUAUUUAUUGUGAAGGGUGGUACAGAAAUGUAUUGAAUAAAUAAAUAAAUUUAUAAUAAAUAGCAUAUUUACUUGAAUCUAAUGCUCACCUUUUUUGGCCAAAUUACAUUGCGAAAAUUAAGGUGUGCAUUAGAUUCGAUGGCACAUUUACAUUCGCCAGCAAAUACUUUUUUGGUUUCAAGGUUCUGAAAAUGAUGAGUUGCGCAUUAGGUUCAAAUAAAUAUGGUAAAUGGGAAGAGAUGGAAAAGAGGAGAGAAGAGAGGAAACUGUUUUAGGGAAACCAUUGUCAUUAUUAAAUCAGUAAAGCCUAGUUUCUCCAAAAAGUGUGCUAAAGAUAUAAAAGGCUGGAAUGAACAGUGUCUGUUGCUGGUUUGUAGACAUGAUGGGAAGUGAGACCCUGCCUUCCUUCCCCAUCCACCUACUACACCUGCCUCGUCUGCGACAUCAUUAGACACCCAUCCAAGGGUGUCAUGUUCAAAUAAAGGCCUAUGUGCAUAAAGUCCAAUAUACAUGGGCUUGGAUCAUAUGGUCGAUUCCUGAAUUUUAUUUGGGCUAGACAGCACAAUCUGAGACUGUGCACAUUGGAUCUUGUGUGCAAACCCCCUUUGAACAUGACACCCUCAUGUGGACAUUCAGGGAUGUCAGAAGUGCAGGUACACCUAAUGCAUGGCCAAGGAAGGCGCCCUCUUGCUCCCCACCAUUCCAGACCAGAGACGGCUGUUGUCUGAUCCAGGCCGAUGUGUUUCUCUACCUAAGCAAGCCAAUUCUCUCUCCUGGCUUUGGCCUUCCACUCUUAGGGUGCUUAAAUGGAAAGGGUCAGGCUCAGACUGAAGACGGAAAACCAGACAAAGCCCUGCUCAGGCAGAUGGAAGAUGUCUACGCCUCAGUUCCUGUCCGACUUCCUGAAACCAAUAGGCAGGUACAGAAGCUCUACCAGGAAUGGCUGGAUGGGAUGGACUCCAUGAAGGUCCAGGAAUCAUUACAUACAAAAUACAGCACGGAAAAGCCAGCUGCCAACAAUUUGGAUAUCAAAUGGUGA